AAUCUGUUUUUGCCUUCUUCAUGAUUGUAAUUUGAUUACAAAUCAUUGUAUUGUUCACAAUUAUCUACAUUUGGUGCUAUCUUUUAGCCAUUUCAUUGGCUUUAAGUUUAAAAAAUUGAGUCUAUUUAUAGAGAAAAUGCUCUGUUUUAAUUCAACUCUUUUUUUCAUUGUUGGUUAGCUGUUUUGUUGUGUCUGGCUGUCAGUUAUGUCUCAGCCAGUAAAUACAUUGCUUUUUGUUUUUACUACAGUUUUCACACUUAAAAAAGGUCGUUUUAAAUUUACCUUUUCUCUCUUGUCUCUCAUCAAUUCACCUUUACCCAAUUUAAAUCAAUUGUUCACAGGUUAAAUGAUCACACGCUGAUCUAUGCCUAUUUUGUUGACUCCAAUGAAUUAUACUAAAUCUGAUGAAGAUCGACGUCGACGGACCAUUAUUGUAGAGAGGAAAAAUUCAUCUUUUGGUUUUACAUUACAAACUUAUGGUAUUCAUCACCGUAAAGAUGGAGAAAUUGAAUUGCUAACAUAUGUUGAUUAUGUUGACAAAAAUGGCCCAGCAUUUAAAGCAGGUAUGAGACCUGGGGAUGUGAUUUUAUCCAUAAAUGGUCGAGAUAUGGAAAGAGCUGAUCAUCGUACACUAGUAAAAUAUAUACAAAGCUGUGAAAAAACAAUGCGAAUGGUUGUUCUUUUCGAAGACUGUGUCCGUAAAGUAGAGCUUCAUAUAAAAUAUUUAAAGUUGAAGCGUUUGCUUCACCAAAAGGUAGCAGAAUAUGAAAGAUUAUCUGAAAGAGAAAACCAAUUAAGCCUGCAUUUAAAGAAAUCUCAAUCAGAAGAUUCUGGACUCCAUCUUGAUGAUGUAAAAUUAAAAAGUCAAGGAUCUUUUACUACAUCUGGAGCAAAGUUGGCAGGAUCCUCUGUUGAAAAUUCAUCAUCUCCGGGUUUGGUCGCAUGCAAGAGCCUUGAAUCAAAUCUCAACUUUAAUCCUGUUCAUUAAGCUACAUCAUACAUUAUUGAUUUUGAUAUUAAUUAUUUACUCUUGAAAUUGAUUAGACUAUUAAAAGGUCAUCUCAAAAUGUAUCCUAAUCUAUUGAAAUCAAUACCAAUAAUAAAAUGCAAUCAAUUUAUA